UUAUCAGAGUCCAGGUGAAGUUGGGAUUCCUCUGGAAGCUGCAGGUCCUCAAGAGGAUACAACUGUAGUGGAAGAAGUGGGGGUGCCUCUUGCAGAUGUCAACCUCUGGAUGAAACAGUGCCUAUGGGAGAAACUGGAGUCCCUCUCGAAGCUGCAGUUCCUCAAGAGGACACCGUGCUUAUAGGAGACGCAGAAGUCCCUCUCGCAACUGCAGUUCCUCAAGAUGAAGCUAUGCUCAUGGAAGACAAUGCUGCAGCUCCUCAGGAGGAUACUAUAAUUAUGGAAGACACAGGAGUUCCUCUAGCAGCUGUAGUUCCUCAGGAGGAUACAAUACUCACAGAAGACACAGGAGUCCCUCUUGCAGCUGCAGUUCCUCAAGAUGAAGCUGUGCUCACAGAAGACAUAGGAGUUCCUCUCGCAGCUACAGUUCCUCAGGAGGACACCAUGUUUAUGGGAGACACAGGAGUUCCUCUCGCAGCGGUAAUUCCUCAGGAGGAUACAAUGCUCACAGAAGACACAGGAGUCCCUCUUGCAGCUGCAGUUCCUCAAGGUGAUACCAUGCCUCAAGAUGUAAUGUCUAUAGGGGAUUCCGGAGUACCUCUUGCUGCUGCAGGACCUGUAGAAGAUUCAGGUGUGCCUCCUGCAGAUGGUGGACCUCAGGAUGCUAUCAUACUCAUGGGAGAUUCUGGAGUACCUCUUGCUGAUUCAGGACUUCAGAAUGGAGAAGCCAUGGUACCAUUCGAGCCAUCCGGUUUUGGAGACCUUACGGCGUCAGUUGAUGAAAAUGCGAUACCAGACGUACCGUCCGGUUCCUCAGACCCAGCAAUCCCUAGUGUAGCUUUCGAAGCGGUUCCUGAGGAGCCAGUUUUUCCAGAUCCCCCACCCUUCCCAGUGGACGAUGAGCCUGUCGACCAGGAACCAUCGAUUGCCGUCGAAGACAUGGCCGGUUUCAUGCCCUUUGAGCCAAUUCGAGAUGAAGUACCUUUAAUUCCCGAAGGAGAUUCCAUGGCAGGCCCCAUGUCAGACGGGAUGGGAAUGGAAACCCUGGAACCCACAGAGACUCCUGUUGCUGAAGCAGGCGACCCCGCGAUCAUCUUCGAUUCGACUGGCUUCGGCGACGUCCUGCCUCCGAGCGGGGGAUCCGACGACGCUUCUCAAGACGGCGUCUUCGAAGAUACCUUCAUUCCAUUCAUGCCAGAAGAAAUGUUCUCGAAGCUUCCUCAGGUGGACGAAAUGGUGCCUGACAGAGAGCCCAUGAGCGACGCAGAGGUGUUCGUCCCCGACCCUCCCGCGGAAGAACUGGAAGCCAUGAUGCCGUCCGGGCCUGCGCUGAUCGAGGUGCAGGAACAUGCCUCGCUGCCACCCAGUGCCGCCCAGGACAUGGCCCAGCUUCCGGAGGUCAUCGCCGACGACGACCGGGAGGGCCAGGUGUUCCAGGAGACGCCGCCCACCGUCGAGCCCGCCAUCCCGCCGGAGGACCUCGAGGCGUUCUUCGUGGCCGAGGACCCCGAGGCCGGCGACACCCCGACCGCCAUCCAGGGCCAAGACGUCGUCCUCGAAGUCGCCCAGCAACUUCCCGAGGACCAGUUCGACAUCGCGCCCUUGGACGGCAUCGCUCCUUUCAUGGCAGAAGGAGGCGACGUAGGAACUCUUCAGGAGGAAUUCGAGGCGGGCGUGUUGCUCUUCCCUGACGAAGAGGAAGAGGAGGAGGAGGAGGAGGAGGAGGACGGAGCGAUUGUUGACACUUUUGUCAUGGGAGAUUUUGGGUGAGUUGGAAUUAGGAGCCGAGUUAGUUCCUUUUGAGUUAAAAGACAUCUUGCAUGGAUUGGUUUUAUCUUUACUCAAUAUAGAUCAAAAGUCAAAAGAAGAAAAACUAUAUAGCGGAUGGAAGUUUGUAUCAGGAUUGCCACUUUU